GUCCAUCUGAACUUGUCACUGUAUUUUAGAGAGUAGUUUACCCUGUCCCUGGAAUAGACUCCCAUAGAAAUGUCAUCAUUGAUAGAAACUCCCACUUGGAUGACAUAGGAGAAAUAGUUUGGGAAGGAAAAAUAUAGUGUGAACAUCAUGUGCCAGUUGGCAUAAGUCUGUGCGAUCUGUUUUCCACUCCUGCAGUGCCUGUCUCAUGAAGCCCACCAACUACAUCUGUAAAAUAAUAAAAUAUUUUGUUGUCGGCGAGCUGGCUGCCCUUCCCUGCGGCUCCUCUUUCCGCCUCAAGGCGGGGCCAAGCAAAGCGGCCUUCCCUUUCCCUGAGUCUCGAGGCCGAGGCCCGCCCCACAGCCAGCUAGCGCCGCCCUCCUUCCUUCCCUCGAUCGGUGCGGCCUGUGGGAAGCGCGGCGUUGACUCCGCCUCCUUCCGGCUUCCUCCAGGCCAAGGCAGCAGCUGCAGCCGCCACCGCCGCAGGUUCCUCUCCAUUCCGCCCGCUCCGCCAUGGCGCUCCUUCACUCCGCCGCCGCCGGCAGCCGCCUCCUGCUCCUCCCGCCGCCCUGCCUGGCCUCCCUCGCCGCCCGAGCCAGGUAACGCGCGCCGCGGGGCGGGAAGGCCUCGACCGGCUACAUCCAUGCACCUCUCCGACUCGACACGUGUCGCGCUCGCCCCGCCACAGCGCCUUCGAAGGCAGCUCGAGCCUCCGUCGCGUGCGGACGCUCUCGACUCGUGUCAGGACGGGGACGUGUGUGAAUGGGGCCUGAGGGCCGGAAACCCCGGCGUGUUGGACGAGAGAGGGAGUUGGCGGGUCAGGACACCGGCCCGGCCAAUGCUGAAUGCGCGAAAAGGCGAUUCGGUGGGGAGAGCACCCCUCCACCUUUAUGUCCUUUGGCAGGGCCCGUCGCUCGCGUUUGGUGCACGCGGCCGGCUGGGGAGAUGGUCGGCGGCCUUGAUUGGCUGCGAUGAAGGGCGGGAACACAGGGGCUUCCUCGGAUUGGCUGGAAGACGGUGGCGUUGGCCUUGGACUUGAGUGCCCUUGGAGAGGUUUUGGAGGGCGGUGGGAAGGGACAGAGACUGCAAAAAAACCGCAACCCUCCAGGCCUGUGUGUAUGUAAUACACGAGCUAUAAUUCUGCCCACAUUUACCUGGGAGUAAACCCCAUUGGAUUCACUGGGACGUCCCUGCUUAGGAAUGUGCUUUGGUUGCCUUAUCCCAUGCGGUCAAAGUUCCAAGUUCACCUGGCCUGGAGAGAUUCUGGCAACUGAAACUGCAUUAACUCCUCUCUUCCCACCCACCCCUUUGAAGUUUUCAAUUGACUCUGCACUUUUGAUUUCAACACGUGUAUAUUAUUAUCUUAUUUAUGGCCAUGCAGUUGGAAAUCUUUCUUCUCUGAUGACCCUUUUACUGGUAUAGAUGAUAUUGUUAGUAAUGAUACCUGAUGGUUCAGGGUGGUAAAAAGAAAGGGAGGGUUCUGAGGAGCUCCAGAAGGGUGAAUAAGGUGUUAAAACGGCAGCCUAAGCAAGUUUAAAGUGAUGUGCUUAGGGGCAGAAAAGAAAAUCCCAGCUUCACUUUGGGAACUUUCACCCUUGACACUUAUACCACCAUGAUAGCAACAUAAUCUUUACCUAUUUGUCCUUUAACAUCCUUAAGAAGAUUUGGCUGUAACUCAUAGCCAGUGAUACCUUUAAUUCCUGAAAUUAUCUUUUAAGAUGCUUGCGACUGAGGUACGUCUUCCUUUCUGUUUAAUAGAACAGCAGCAGGGGUAUGUGUAUGUUCAAGCUGUGGCAUGGCUGUCUAGUCAGUAAUCUCGCCCUUUUAAAAACACACAUACCUCUUGCAACAGGCAUGUUCCCUCCCACAGCAAUAGUUUUAUGGUUUCACUCAAAGCAAGAAAAUAAAAAUAUCCCAGCUGAAACACUUAUGCAUUUACACUUACUGCAUGUAGAAGGGCUGCAGCCACACCACUGAGGCUAUUUCUAGUGGCCUUCACUUGGACAUCACAUAAGAAUAGCCUGCUGGAUCAGGCCAAUGGCCCAUCUAGUCCAGCAACCUGUUUGUGCAGCGUCAAACCAUGGCUCUCAAGUGGAUUUGUCUUUGCUCUGCCACUUCCCCCCAGAAAAUCAGAACAAACGAUAGUCCGCUGAAAACCUUAUUGCCGUUUGUUCCAGUUUAGCGCUAGAUCCUGGGAAAGCGAUGGGGCAAACAGAAGUACAGUAUGGGUGAGCCCUUAGUUACUACAGGAAGAUCAGGAAUAUAUGCAUGCCAAGAAAGCAAUAACAGUGAGUGCUUGUGCUGUUUUGUUCUCAUGGGUCUAAAUGGCAGUCUUCUUAACACUGUGCUAUGACACAGAAUCAUAGAGUUGGAAGGGACCCCAAGGGUCAUCUAGUCCAACCCCCUGCAGUACAGGAAUCUUGUCCAACAUGGGGCUCAACCAGGGGACAAUGAAGAAGAUGAACAGGAGGGAGCUGUGGGGAGUGAAAAGGGGUCAGGUAGUAGGCAAGAGAGGCCUGAAGGGGGGCUGCUUGGGUGUCCCCCACAGAAAAAGGUUAGGGGCUGUGAAGGGGAGGGUCAAGGGCUGCCAAAUGUGGGCCAUGGGCUACAGGCCCAGAAGCAUGGCAGUUGUAAAGGAGUAUUAGUGAACAGGAGGCUUCUUCAGCGCUAAAGGACACCUACUUAAUAAUGUGAGACUAAGGCACAGAUACUCAAUGCAAUGAAAACUGAAGCCCUCUACACUUUUAAAAAAUGUGUAUCCCUCGUGAAUUACUAAAAUCAUUUACAUAAUACCUUUACAAAGUUAUCAAGUUGGCAUACAACAUGAUAACUUAUGAUAAUCCAUUAAAAUACAUUAAACACCAUUAUAAAAAACUAUAGCUGCCGUAUCCAAGAAACAGUAAAAUCUGGUAUAAUUUAUCAAAGGCCCUGAAAGGCCUGAGUGAACAGGUAUGUUAUUCAGUUACUAGCAGUUACUAGUGAAGUUUGUGCCUUAUGCUCAGCAUGUGCUUAGACACACCUUUCAUACUCUCCUAUUACAACAUAUAAUUGCAACUGUUCUCACCAACAAGGACAGCUUUGCCCAGUUCUGCAUGCCAGGCUUGCUUUGGGGUUUGAUUUUUUUCUCACAACCAGCUGCCCACAAUUUUGGGCUGGGGGGGGGGCGCUCUCAGGCAGCAGCAGUUGGAAUGUACAAUGAAAUACAUCUCUCUGAGCAAGCGCUUCAGGUGAAGAGCAGAUACCAGGAGCAGCACAGCUGAAGAGUCAGCCUAAUCCUAAAUAGCAGCAACCAGGACAAGGAACAUCUGGACCAAGGCUCUGAGCGUGCCAGUUGGCAAGAGGUCAGGAGCAUCUAUUCAGAGCAAAUCCCAGCAGAGCAGCCUCACAUUAAUGCCUUAACAUGCCUCCAUUUUGUGUGAGGCGUCUCCAUUUUUCACAAUGAAAUUCAGACAGAGAGGAACAUGUCACAACACAUCCUCCCGCAUCAACCUGUCCUGCACAAGGAGGGCAUCUUAGCAACACCCUUCUUCAAUCACUAGCAGAAAAAAAAUCAAUUAUUCACCUAGGCUUUUAAAAACAUUUUUACUACCUUAAAAAAAUACUUUCAAAGACUUAAUUGAGCUUUUAUCCGCUAGUUGUUCUGAGUAUAUUUUGUUUGUUUGUUUAUGUAAACUGCCUUGAAAUAUUUGAUAAAUGUAAUACAGAAAUAGGUUAGCAUACUCAUACAAUGUAAAUGAGGCACAAGACCUGAAGUGUGUGAAUUUGGUUGGGUCUCAUCCAAAACAGCUUAUAUGUAGAGUCAUUUUUACAUGGUAAAAGAACAAGAAAUCAGUUUCAUGGAAGACAUUUGAAACACAGUAUGGCUGCAAAUGUCUUCUAGUCUGCAGCUAAAUGGACAGACGUUGACUGACCAUGCCUCAUUUCCUUGUAAGGGAAUGGAGCUCUGAACAGAAACAAACACUUUGCAUUGAUGUUGCAGCUCCUGGUGGGCUAAUGUGGAGAUGGGACCCCCUGAUCCUAUUCUGGGAGUGACUGAAGCCUUCAAGCGAGACACCAGCAGCAAGAAGAUGAACCUGGGAGUCGGGGCUUACCGAGAUGACAAUGGGAAGCCAUACGUUUUGAACUGUGUCCGCAAAGUAAGCAAAAGCGCCAGCUCCCACACAUUAAGAGCAUGUGUGGGAUUGUGUAGAUGUGGCUGUGUGUGGCAGCCAGACAUGCCUAUGGGCAGUCAUGGGAUCCAGGUUCUAGCCGCUAGGGUUGUGUGAGCGGCUUAGCUGCUUCCUACUCAUUUCAGAUGUCUGACCAAAACAAAGAGCCAGAUCUCUUCUCCAUCCAGUAGCUGCCUGAGAUGCGUUUGGAACCAUCCCAGUGUGGCCAAGUGUCUUCAUGGUGGUGGGGAGACACAAAAUUUUGGCUUUGUGAAGUAGCUGGAGGGUGGCAAUAGGCGAACUGAACUAUUUAGGUAGAAAUUGAGUCUUGUGCAGGCCGAGAGGCCAUAUAGCUGCCACAAGCAUAAAAGGGAAGGGUUGAGACUGAAGAGGGGGGUUGGAGAGAAUUUGCAGCUGCUUGGCCUUUUCUGCAUUGAGAAUCUAAGGAGCAAGCAAGCAGUGGCAGCUGGGAGGUGUGAAGGCACCAUCUGCAAAGAUAUUGAAGGAGCAACAAAGGCAGGUCUGAGUAGAUGAAUGAGGAAUGGGUUGGGGGCUCUUGAUGCUAGAUGUUGAGUAGCUUUGCUAAAGCUCCUGGGUUCCCACUUAACUCACUUGUCAGUUCUUUCUGUGAAACAAGGAUAAUCCUGCAAAGGGAUGUGUGCUCGCGUCCCUUUAGUUAUUUGGGUGUGUAAUCUAGGAGUGAUAAAUGAGGUGAAUGGAAGUUGCCUCUCCUCUUAACCUAUGGAGGAAACAAAAUAAGAAAAUGCAAUCUGUUCUCUCUAGGCAGAAGCCGAGAUAGCUGCAAAGAAGUUGGACAAGGAAUACUUGCCAAUUGCUGGCCUGGCAGAGUUCAACAAGGCGUCAGCUGAGCUGGCUUUGGGAGAGACACAUGAGGUUAUUCAGAGUGGCCGGGUAAGGAGCCAAGGUUAUCAAGUGCAUUCAUUAAUACUGUAUUCAAGUAAUGGAUUCCUGCACUGGGGGCCUUGACACUUUUCACCCAUAGGGAACCUUUUCCAGAUUGACAUAUGCUGAGUACCCACUGAAUGCUGCGCAGGAUUCCAAGAUGGGCAGUUUGUUAAGGUAGAACACUGGCUGGGCCUCACCAUCCCCCUUGCAAAUGUAGUGUUCUCAUGGAUCAUAGCCCAAUUCCAUCCUGUUUCACUUCUGACCUUUCUCAUUGAGGAAUGCCCAGUAACAUUCUGGGGAACUGCAGGGUUCCUCAAAAUACGGUUUGAAAAGUCAGUGCCAAAGAAACUUGUAGCACAUGAGAACAGACGUCCCCUGUGAUUAGGUCAGUGGGGGCAGUGGGAUUCGUUUUAGAGUUGCUGUAAGGAUCUGGAAAUGCAAGCAACACCACAUUUUAUUCUAGAGCCUAUGAUGGAUCCUAGUCCAGAAUUUGACUCCUUCCUUUAAAGCAAGAUUCUAAUCUCAUGGUUGUGAACAUGUUAGAUGUGUGUUGUGUCUUCUGAAACCAAAAAGAGAGCCAGUCUGUGCCAAAAAUUCCUUGCCUAGGAUCCAUAUUUCUGUGGGUCCUCUGUGUUGUUUUGGCCUCAACUUAUCUUUUUCUUUGGAUAUGUCAAAGGAGUCCAAAUUCUUAAAGAAUUAAAAAAAAUGCUAUUGGAAUAAAUAAUAAAAACUGGGUCACUUUUAUAUGCUUAGUUAUGAACAGAGUUUGAACUUCCUUGCUGCUGGGAAAAACCAGCUAAGAGGAAGGCUCUUUUGAGUAUAUCAUUCAGAUGAGCCACUGGAAUAAAUGUUUUCUCGUUGUUCAAGUGUUGACAUGCACUUCAAUCUUAACAGAUAGUGUUGCCUUUGCAAGCAUUGAGAAAAGCUUUAUUCCUCCUUGUUACUCUUUCUUUUCAGUUCUUGGGCAGGUAGAAUUGUUGACCAGUAUUGCACACAGCUGUCUUUUCCUCUUGCCCUUACAGUCAUGUUUCAAGGGCUUCACCUGUAAAAUAGGCAGAUUAUGAGGCACACUGAGCUCCAGCUAUCAUUGGAGUGUUUACCUGUUGUAUUUUGUGGGCGUGUCGUCUGGAGAUGUCUCACGUGCCUGUUCAUUGUUCUUUCAGUAUGUCACUGUGCAGACAAUUUCUGGAACAGGAUCUUUAAGAGUUGGUGCCAACUUCUUGGUAAGUGCUUCUGUAAUCUAACAACAUAAACAUGAGGAGAUGGUGGGAUACAGUUUUUUCACAUCUCUUGAAGGAGCUGUGGUCUCUGGCGUUGAAACUAUGAUUCAAACACACCCUGUCUCCUAUUCUUCAUACAGCAACGGUUCUUCAAGUCCAGCCGCGACGUGUACCUCCCCAAACCAUCCUGGGGGAAUCACACCCCCAUCUUCAGAGAUGCUGGGUUGCAACUGCAAAGCUAUCGGUACUAUGAGCCCAAAACCUGUGGCUUUGACUUCGCUGGAGCUUUGGAUGACAUCUCUGUAAGUUGACAGUUGAGGGUGAGCUAAUGGGGAUGUGUAGGUCAUGGAGAGUUUGGGCGUGGCUUGUUUAAAUGGUGAGCAAGGAAAGAUACAGCCAGGAGGGUUUAGAUACUAGGCCCCAUAUGAUGUUUUGGAGUAACAGGUCUUGGGAAUCUAAACUUAAGAGAUUAACCGCGUUGGUUGCAAAUGUAAGUCUUGCAGUACCUUUAAAACCCAAGACCAUCAUGGAAGGAGCUGUUAUAGGAGAGGACCUGUUUAAUCAGAAUCAUGAAAAGAGUGGACAUGCAAACAUGGGUUGGAGAGAGACACUUGCCCACUUUCUGUCUUGUGAAGUGGAACUGGCAAUUCUUGCCAUCCAUUACAGAUGAAGAUUCUUCUGGUCACGCUGUAUGUGAUGGAACACGUCUUCUCAUACCAGCCAGCCCAAGCUCUGAGACUGGGCUGGAGACAGGGCUGCUUGUGGUACCACCAAUGGAUGUAGCUCACUGUAUAGUGAUUGGCCUUCUCUCUAGAGGCAUCUCAGCUGUGGAGUUCCCUUCCUCUGGAGCCAUGGAUGGUCAUGACUUUAAGGAGUUCAGCCACUUAGUGAAAUCUUGCUGCAUUUCUCUGCCUUUUGGAGGCUCUUGUUAGAUGGGUUUUGAGCCUUGAGUCUGUUUAUUAUUAUUAUUCUGUUGGUGUGCGUGUGUGUUGUCUGUGGAGUUUUAUUAUUGAUAGUUUAUUGUUUUGUGGCAUGUGGCUUUUAAUGAUGGCUCCAUUCGCUGUGGAAAUUGUUUUGAGGUCACUUGGUAUAUAAAUGAGUAACGGCUCAUUUUUCUCACACCCUUAUUAUUCAAGAAAAUCCCGGAAAAGAGUAUUGUUCUCUUCCAUGCCUGCGCUCACAACCCAACUGGAGUAGACCCUCGGCCAGAGCAGUGGAAGGAGCUGGCAGCAGUAGUGAAGGUGAGGAGGGCCGUGGUACCAAGAGAGCAGGCGGCUGAGGGAUGAACUUCCCUGUGUGGAGAAGGAGCGGGUCUGCUUGCCUGUUUGGAAGACACACCCUGGGAGGAGAUCUCAGCUGGGCAAGAGAUGUGUGUAACUCCUGUGAAAACCAAAAAAACUGUCUGAAUGAGCACUGCCGCCUCCCAAUUAUUGUUGUUGUUACCUCAUUGUUUCUGUAUGAUGUGAUGCUCCUCUGCUGUGUGACCUGUUCCAUUUACCAUAGCUGCCCUUAGGAAGAAGUGUUGUCAUUUUUAAGCUGAGCUGGCCUCUGUUCUUUCACAGAAAAGGAACCUCUUUACCUUUUUCGACAUGGCCUACCAAGGCUUUGCCAGCGGUGACAUAAACAAAGACGCCUGGGCUGUCCGCCACUUCAUUGAACAAGGCAUUAAUGUUGUGCUGUCCCAGUCAUAUGCAAAGAACAUGGGCCUGUAUGGUAAGCCCCUAAGUCCAGGGUCUGUUGCCAUCUCCGUGGGUGGGAAAAGCUGCUCAAGGGAUUAAGCAAUUUGCUAGCUGCUUUCACUUUCCAGUAUAUGGGUGAAAGGUCUACGCAGGACUAGAGGCAAGAGAAAGCCCUGCUGUUCGGUUGAGUUUGCAUUUUGGACCACAUUCCUGUUUUAGAGAUGGUCCCAUGUUAGAAAUGGAAAGGCAGUGGCACUGGGGAAAUGCUUGUGAGGCUCUUAAUAGAGAAAGCAAGCCAAGAACUCUGUUUAUGAUUGAAGAGAGGUGGCUGUGAUGUGGAGUCACAAUUCUGUCACAGGAGAACAUGAAUUUCUGUAAUCAUCCAAUUUGUAUAAAGAUGCAUUCUUUGUGCAACCACACAGUGUCUUUGGGGACUCCACAUGAUAGGAGCAUCAAGGAGGGCAGUUCUAGGGGCUGAUAAUUGUUUGGGGAGGGCAGAUCUGCUCCUUGCCUGGCUAGAAGCCCCUUUAGCCUUGAAUCUACUUUCUGAGUGCCUCUCUAUUGAGUCACAAGGGGUUAACCCUACCCCUUUAAAAAGUAAAUCUAGGGAUAAAGAAAUCCCCAUUCCUUCCAGUUACAGGUAUGGUGCUAUAAAAUCAGAUUGUACUGCUCUAGUUUCUUAGUCUGCGUUUGAGCUAGCUGCCAUCCAGAGAGCUGAUGAUUUCUUCUUUCAGGCAGAGGAGAUAGGGCUGGAAGGAAGGACUGAGGCUGAUAAAAGGAAGGGGAUAGAAGGAGAGCUCCAGGUGGCAUUUGUGUGCCUCUUCCAAACAACAGCACAAGUGCACAGCCAGACCAAUGUGGCUGAGCAGAGCCACAGAGGGAGACACAACUGCACUGCAUUCUGGUCUUUGUUUUCCAGGGGAGCGUGUGGGGGCCUUCACGGUGGUUUGCCAUGACUCUGAUGAGGCCAAGAGAGUGGAAUCACAGCUGAAGAUUCUGAUCCGCCCCAUGUACUCCAACCCUCCCCUUAAUGGGGCUCGGAUAGCCUCCACCAUCCUGAAUAACCCUGGCCUGCGAAAGGAAUGGUAAGGCUGACUAUGUGCAGUCAGCAGAUGAACAGAAAAGGGCAGGGGGACAGCCAACCCUGGAUGGCUUUUAAGGACAGUUGAUUGUGGGGCUGCAACAACAAACCAGAGGAGUCCUUCAAAUUGGAGGGCAACACUUUAAGCAAGUUUAGUCUGCUCAACCUUGUUCUUGGUUGAUGCCAAAUCUGCACCAAAGGCAGAAGGGCUGUGGCUGUUCCUUUCUGUAGCAGGCAUGUAGCUGGGUUAAAAAAACAAAAAAAAAUCAACCUGGGGUUUCUUAAAGCUGUUUUGGAGGCAGGACUGUGCAAACUUAUUAUGCUUUUCCAUGCACAUAAACUCCAUCAGGGCACAAGGCAUGGUGGAGCCUCCUAUAUUAUUCCUUUGGCUGCUCCCCCACCCCCAUCUCCCUCUGUCUCUCGCCUUGUAUUGACUCCACAUUUGCCUCCUUCCCUGGCACAGGCUGGUAGAGGUGAAGGGUAUGGCUGACCGAAUCAUUGGCAUGCGCACCCAGCUAGUGGCAAACCUGAAGAAAGAAGGCUCCCCUCAUAACUGGCAGCACAUCACUGACCAGAUCGGCAUGUUCUGCUUCACAGGACUGAAACCCGAACAGGUGGGUGAAGGAAUCAAACUUGCUAACCAUUUUGUACUGGCAUCUGAUUUGCUUGGUGUCCUCCCCCCCCCCCCCCAUAGAUGGGCUCAAAGUGCCUCAAACACCAGAACAGCUGUAUAGAAUUAGUCUUUGAUGCACACCAGGAAAAGGACAGAACGUGAUUAGUGUGGCUGCAUUUUAAUUCUCUGAAGAAUUUAGAAUGUCUUCCAUUAUUUAAUUGGUGGCUGAGGGAAGUGGGAGCUGGGUAGGAAGCCGGCAGCUGCUACUAAUUUGGGAAUGGCAGCAUGUGGAUCCCCCAUUGAUGAUAAAAGCACUCUGCUGGGCUGGUCUUGUGGAAAGGGAUUGUUAAAAAACAUGAAGCACAGUGUUAGUUGCAUUGAAGUGAGAUGUGGCAGCAGCCGACUUGAGUAGGUAUCAAGCAGCCUGGCUGGGCUGCUGUUUGCUGAAGAGCGUUCACUUGAAGUUCUAGGAAGUUGCUUCGCUGUCCUCCAGGUUGCAAGUUGGCCCUGGUAGGUGGUAGCAAACAGACGUGCCUGGCCUUGGGAAGCUGCCUGAGUCGAUCCCUUCCUGAAGUAGAAUCUUUCCUGUGCUUUACUUUCCAGGUGGAGCGGCUCACCAAGGAGUUCUCUGUCUACAUGACCAAGGAUGGCCGCAUCUCUGUCGCCGGAGUCACUUCUGGCAAUGUGGCUUACCUGGCCCAUGCCAUCCACCAAGUCUCCAAGUAAAGCAAAGACAGAAAUGGGUGGACUGACCGGCCUUCCCUUCCGUGCUCUCUGGACAUUUUGACUCAGCAGAGGGUGGGUGAGAGAGGAGGAGAUGGCGGCAGCAUCAACAAGCAAAACGGUUCUUUCCACAACACUUCAACGUCAUUUGAAUGUAUCUCUGUAGCGGCAAGGCCUCCUCAGCCCUCCCUACUCACACUGCUUGGCUCUAGGCAGAGCUGUUGACGUGUGUUCUGCUCCUCCCUUCAGAAGUAGCCACUUUACCAAAAAUGGGUCCUUGAAUCCUUCAAGAGUUUGUGGCGGAUUUGAUGCAAAUGCUUUAGUGAAUGUUUGCCUGCCAGCAUUUUGUGUGUGGUGGCCUCAUCGUAUGAGUGUCAGGGCAUGGUUGGACUACAACUCCCACCAUCCUUGUCCAUUGGCUGUGCUGGCUAGGGCUGAUGGGUGUUGAAGGGCUGCAGCUUCCCUGCCCCUGAGCCAGGGUUCUGGAUGAUGAGCCGUUCCUUGUCUGCCCUUUUGGACUUGGAUCGGGGAGUUCUGCAGAGCCCACCUCUGGCUUCACAAGAGGCUUUCUCCCCAGGGAUCCUCUUCUUGCCCAGUUCUUCCAAGGAAAGGCAAGCAGGGGUAUUCCGGAGUCAGCAUUUCUUUCCAUUGGCUCUUGGCUUUCUAGUUCUGCUUUUUCUCAAAAAAUAAAUAAAAAUCACUUGAAAUCAGCCUGCUUUAAAUGGACCCCAAGUCCCUGGCACACUCCGGGAAUUUGUGUAAUGAAGCUUGAAAGAGAAAUUACUUCCUCUUUUUUUCUUCCUCGCUAAAAAGCUCAUUGUUUCCAUGCAUAGACAGUUUAUAAAGCUGACUCAUAAGUUUGUUUCACUAUCAAAUAAAAGGCAGAUAAUAGAACAAUCUUUUAACUCUUCUCUGGCAUCUUUGAUCAGCAAUAAGGGCAACAAAUUAAACUGUGUUUCUUUUAAUUUUUGGUCAUCUGAAGCCCUGCUGGGCCCUUGCUCAUUCUCUCCAAAAUCCUUUCUCACACAAUGCUUUGUAAUCCUUUUCAAUCCUUUGUAAUCCUUAAAUGGGACUAAAGCUCUGUUACGAAUUUGGAAUAGCUUCCCCCACCCCAACCCAGGAAAUGUAACUGCUCUUUAAGUGCAACUUACGGUAAUUUUGGCUCUUUUUAGUUUCCUCUCUGUUCUUGCCAUUCACAUGUGUUCAGGAUAUCCACCACCUGAGCCAAGAGAUCCACUGCAAUUGAAUGACAGUUCACUAGGCCUGUAAGUAGGGCAAGAUAAACUCUUCAAUGUGUUCAAACAACUUAAGAUGGAAAACAUUUUUGUCUGUGAAGCAUUUUUCUCAUGGAACUGCUUCACUCUUCUCCCUCCCCCUGCAAAGUGGAAAGAAGGGGGCAGGUGAAACCUAUGGGAAAACUUAUGAGAUCUCUUGUCUGUGUGUAUGUGAGCGACAGAGAUAAGUUCUUCAGCUUUGGCAAUUAAAGAACAGCAGAUACCAUGAACAGUUGAGCCUCUGUGGCCAGAAGUUGAUUGUCUGGAGCUACAAAACAUGUACCUUGCUGCCUACUCAUUGCCUCUGUUGUGAAAAGGCAGUUGAGUAUUUAAUGCAUUGUGUGUGUCUCCUUUAUAUUGUGUGAACAACUUAAGGCUUUCGUGCCUGCCCAGAGGCCAGGCCUUAAGCCCCAUCUCUGUGUUAGCUGAGUGUCAAAGCAUGCAUAUUGAAUGAGGAAGGGCUGAGAGGUCAAGAAGAGCUGUCGCCACAGCAUGAAAAAGUCUCAGGCUGGUGGCUGGCCUUUGCAUCCAGUGUCCAUAGCUACACAUGUGGAGCUGCCUCUAGGGGCAGAAGUGAACCUGUUUGUCCGUUGCUUUCAGAUACUACGACCUGCUGCUGCUUUCCCCCUUGUUUGGGGUAUGUGUGCUUGUCCUGUCUGCCCUUAACCAGUCUGUUUAGGGUGCUUAGCUGUGAGUUUCAUUUGCAAGAAUAGCAGAGCUAAAGGCUGUGUUCGGCUGAUCACCAGAAAGAAAGUUGUUCUUGCAAAGAGCUUGCAGGUUUUGCUGUAAUUCUCACAUGACAGAAGAGAACAGCAUUUUCCUUCUGUGAGUAGCCUUUGUGGUCCUCCUAUUUCAGCUUAUUUUGGCAGGAGAGUCAAGACAGCCCAACUCCCAAAGCUUCUUUUUGAUUCUCCCACACUUCAUGCUGCUGUUGUACACUCAAAGAUUUGAUUUAUAGUCCUCAUUUUUCUCUGCUGUGGUUUUAGGCCACUUCUGCUUCUCUGAUUACUGUCUCCAAUGCUCUGUCCUCUCACUAGAGAAUAUUCUGCUGUUCAGUAAUAAAUCUUGUUGCCCUUUAUGCAGCCUGUCACUUCUGUUAAAAAAUUAAAGCUGCUGUACAUCUGAGCAUUACAGAUCUGAGGCUUUUAUUUAUGAUGACUUCUGCUCAGACCUGCAACCCACUACUCUAAAUCAAGCCUUCUGUAACCUGGUGUGCCUUCCAGCACUUUCAGAGUUCAACUCAGCCCCAACAUCCAGCAAAAUAACUAUUAUACCAACUGGAUCAGCCCCAAGGUAGCCGCACAUUGCAGAAACCUGGUUGUGAGGUUUCCACAGUUAAAGCAACUUUCUGUGUUGCAACAUGACAAUGAAUAACCAAGGCUGCAUGGUGGGCCUUGCACUGACACUUUCAUCCUGUUCAGAAUGAUCCUGGUGGAGGCACAAUGGAGUCAGCCUGGUGUGGGGAAGAGUGUACCUUACUGCCACAGUGUUCCUGAAGGAGCGUCUCCACCCCCAUCAUUCUGCCCGGACGCUGAGGUCCAGCGCCGAGGGCCUUCUGGCGGUUCCCUCAUUGCGAGAAGCAAAGCUACAGGGAGCCAGGCAGAGGGCCUUCUCGGUAGUGGCGCCCGCCCUGUGGAACACCCUCCCAUCAGAUGUCAAAGCGAUAAAUAACUACCUGACAUUUAGAAGGCAUCUUAAGGCUCAGGGAAGCUUUUAAUCUGUGAUAUUUUACUGUAUUUUUUGUUUCUAUGGAAGCCGCCCAGAGUGGCUGGGGAAACCCAGCCAAAUGGGCGGGGUAAAAAUAAUAAAUUAUUAUUAUUAU